AUGCCUUCGUCUGCCGAGGGGUGGAGUCGCAGAGAAGCAACCAGCCAGCGGCGGCCCACUGCGCAUGUCCGAUCGGCGGUCACGUUGCAGCGCUCGGUCCAAUCAACGGAAACUUUCCUAACAGAGAUUUGUAAGAUGGCGACCGCCGAACCGGAAACCAACCCAAGUCCACCCCAGCCUGAUGAAGAUGGACCUGAGGAGACUGGUCAGGAGAUUGUGAGCCCAGAGGCCUACAUCAAGCACCCCCUCCAGAACAGAUGGUCUCUGUGGUUCUUCAAGAACGACAAGAGCAAAACAUGGCAGGCCAACCUGCGACUCAUCUCUAAAUUUGACACUGUUGAAGAUUUCUGGGCCCUGUACAACCACAUCCAGUUGUCAAGCAACCUCAUGUCAGGUUGUGAUUACUCCCUUUUUAAGGAUGGCAUUGAACCCAUGUGGGAGGACGAGAGGAACAAGCGUGGCGGGCGCUGGCUGAUCACGCUUAACAAGCAGCAGAGGAGAUUAGACCUGGACCGCUUCUGGCUGGAAACUCUCCUGUGCUUAGUUGGAGAGGCCUUUGACGACUACAGCGACGAUGUCUGCGGAGCUGUGGUCAACAUCCGCACAAAAGGAGAUAAAAUAGCUGUCUGGACAUCAGACUAUGAGAACCGGGAAUCUGUGACACACAUAGGGAGAGUUUACAAGGAGCGCUUGGGGCUUCCCAUGAAGAUGACUAUUGGCUACCAAUCCCACGCAGACACUGCUACCAAAAGCGGUUCAACCACCAAGAACAAAUUUGUUGUUUGAGAAAGCGCCCUAUGUGCCUCUGUCAGUUUCUUGUCUUAUUUGUUAUUGGUGCAUAUGUUUACUUUGCUGCAAAGACUCUGCGGAAUGCAAUCUGGAGGAAAAACACCCAAUUCCGAAACUACGUGCCAAAUGUUUCCAUAACCUGCCCAGGACUUGAACCACAGGAAAACAGAUGAAGAUCAAUCUUCCAAAACACUAACAGUGAGAGGUAUUAAUAGUGGAUGAGAGUUAGAGUGCUGCAUUACUCUACUAAAUAAAGUUGUGUUGAUUUCUUUUUUUUUUUAUGGAAGAGAAUCUUGAAAUGCUACCCAAAAAAGUAUAUUUCUCUCCCAUUUUCUACAGCAUCGUUGGUUUGCUGUAAUAAUGAUGUUAAACCCUUUUAAUUUAUUAUUAAUUUGCCUGCAUAUUAUUAGUUUGCCAGACCUUUGUUUUAUGCUUUUAUUGCCUUGAACUGUUGCACGUAAUCAACCUUUUUAAAGUAUUUCAUGACUCAUAUUCAUUUUGAGUGUUAAUAUAAUUAAAACAUUGGUUUUGCAAUUAUUAGUUGUUAAAUUGUGUAAUACUUUUUUUGCAACCUGUAAUUGGUACAUUCCUUGUAAAUGAUUUGCUUUUUGAUUUGCAGUGGUGCUGUAUUGUAGGAAAUUGACAUUUUGUCGCUGAGGACGCUUAUAGUAGACCAUCAUAUAGUCUUCUAGGGGUGGUCUACAUAUACCCAUAUACAAUAAGAAUACUACAGGAGACACAAUCCUAAAGAAACAGUAAAGUCUUUCCUUCGGCUUCCAAGUAGAUUAGGAAUUCACUGUUUGUCUUAGCUGGUGUGAAAGUGCCUAAUUCAAACCUACUCACCCUCAGCCCAUCAUCCUGAGAUCCCUUAAAAUGUCAGCAUAAAAAGAACUUUGAUAGAAAAGGUUACUGUGGGCCACAUGACUUCCCAUCUCAGUUCAUUGCCACCUUUAAAUAAUGUCACUUCGACAUGACAAAUGUCAUCACAUUCUCAAGGAUCGGCGUUCCUUAAGACAGCAGUCAGAGCAUCUGCAACUAGAUCCUUCUUGAUCUGAUAAAGUGUUAAGUGGCUGUAGAAGCUUCACUGUGUCCCCGUUGAAGUGACAGCGUGGUUGUGGUUAUAACCUUUAAAGGCCAUCUAUCAUGUAAGCUCCUUUGCAAGCAUGCACCUAAAUAAUAAGCGCAACAUAGUAAUAUAAGUGUAUGUUCAUGUAUCACAAAGUGCCUCAAUAAAAGCAACAGACAAAAUAAAAGCAAUAUAAGAGCGCAGAAAAACUUACCAAAGGCCAGUCCAAACAGGUGGGUUCUGUGUUGCAAUGCAAACUUUUAACAAAUAACUCGUUAUAAACAAAUAAUUUGUUGAAUAUCCCACAUCAUCUGUGCAAUGUAGAGCGUUGUGACUGUGAUCAUUCUAUAAAUCCAUGCCAAUCUAGUACACAGACCUGCAGCAUCAAAAUCUACAUUAAAGCUGACCCGCAUUCCACAAGAGGUGACUGCCACCAUAACUAAUUAAUUCAUAUAGUUUCACUUCCAAUAUGAAAACAAAGGUUAAAAAAUAAAGUACACUCUAACUUAUACAUAAUAAAUAAAUGUAGCAGAAGUUGGCCAAUGGAUGCAACACUUUCAUAACAAUAGCCCAUUUCUCAAACGUAUUAUUUUAAAUGUAUUGUUUCAACUCAAUAAAUGACAUUUUAAAAUG